AUUGUUAAUUAGUUUUCAAAAGUGUCACCUCCUCGCACCAUCCAAACAUGUCCGUCAACUACAUGCGUCUGCUUUGCCUGAUGGCCUGCUGCUUCUCCGUCUGCCUGGCCUACAGGCCCAGCGGCAACAGCUACCGCAGCGGCGGCUAUGGCGAAUAUAUCAAGCCCGUCGAAACCGCCGAGGCUCAAGCGGCUGCUCUCACCAAUGCUGCCGGCGCUGCUGCCUCCUCCGCCAAAUUGGAUGGUGCCGAUUGGUAUGCACUGAACCGUUAUGGCUGGGAACAGGGCAAGCCACUGCUGGUCAAGCCAUACGGCCCGCUGGACAACCUCUAUGCCGCUGCUUUGCCACCACGCGCCUUCGUCGCCGAGAUCGAUCCAGUCUUCAAGAGGAACAGCUAUGGCGGUGCAUAUGGCGAGAGGACUGUCACCCUGAACACCGGCUCCAAGCUGGCUGUCUCUGCUGCCUAAGUAAUCGGUCACCUUGGUGUCCAGCUGCCUGAAAGUCUUAAUAAAUAGUGAUUAGUUUAAAGUAAA